AUAAAGUUUAUUUUAAUAGAUCUGAGGACCUCGGUGACAUAAAUGCGAGCAAAAUUAAUAUGUGUGAUCGCAUUUAGCCUCGGUGUAGGUCGGUCAUAUUUAAAGAAGCAUUAAUAAUAAUUCAUGAUUGACAUUGGUUUGUGAGCAGGCAUUUUUUUGGGGCAGGCUUAAGGGCGCAAACAUGGCGGCUUCCUUACGGCUAGGACACCGAGCUGUUUUAACCGGUUUGAGGUUUAUUUCGAUUAAAAAAUGUCUUCAUGUAAGUCAGAAUUCGUCCAGACAACUGUUUCAGUCUGUAUAUUUAUUAGGGGUCGCCCCACUCAAAGUGCAGAUGCCUGCCCUCUCACCCACCAUGGAAGAGGGCAACCUUGUGAAAUGGCUGAAAAAGGAAGGUGAGGCGGUGGCAGUUGGCGAUGCUCUCUGUGAAAUUGAGACAGACAAGGCUGUGGUUACCAUGGAAUCCAGUGACGAUGGAGUACUAGCUAAGAUCUUGGUGGAGGACGGUAGUAAAAAUGUGCGUUUAGGUACUCUCAUUGCUUUGAUGGUUGAAGAAGGGGAAGACUGGAAACAAGUGGAAAUUCCUCCUCUUGUCUCCUCCCAACCUGCUUCAAGUCCUCCCCCACCAUUAGCUGCACCUUCCUCCCCAGCACCUGUUACACCACCCUCCAGAGCUGCACCUGUCAUUGGACCGUUGCGGUUGAGUCCUGCUGCAAGACAUAUUUUAGACACACAUGGUUUGGAUCCUCACUUGGCUACAGCCACUGGACCACGGGGGCUCAUCACUAAAGAAGAUGCUCUGAACCUCCUGAAGAAAGGAGACGCCGGUCGGCGAGCAGCCCCAUUGACUGCACCUGCUCCAACUACUACUCCCUCGCCUCCCCCUUCCUCCCCUCGUGCUCCUCCACCAGUUCCAGUCUCAGGAAGACCUCUUCACCCAGCCAUCUCAGUUCCUGGAAAACCUGGAGCUCCAGGCACCUUCACAGAUAUCCCAGCCUCAAAUGUGCGAAGAGUGAUUGCUCAGAGACUAACGCAGUCCAAAACAACCAUACCUCAUGCGUAUGCAUCAGUGGACUGUGAUAUGAGUGCUGUGAUGCAGCUUCGCAAAGACCUAGCCAAAGAGGAGAUCAAGGUGUCUGUCAAUGACUUCAUUAUCAAAGCUGCUGCUGUUGCACUCAAAGAAAUGCCAGAAGUCAAUGUGACCUGGUCAGAAGAGGGACCACAAGCGCUGGACUCCAUUCAUAUUUCCAUUGCUGUGGCGACCGAGCGUGGCCUCAUCACCCCCAUCAUCAAAGAUGUGGCAGACAAAGGCGUGCAGGAGAUUGCUGCAAACGCCAAGGUACUGGCUCAGAAAGCGAGAGCAGGAAAACUUCUACCAGAAGAAUAUCAGGGAGGAUCCUUCAGUAUCUCUAACCUGGGAAUGUUUGGCAUCAGCUGGUUCAGCGCAGUGAUUAACCCUCCUCAGGCAUGCAUCCUGGCAGUGGGGGGUUCCAGGGCUGAGCUUAAACCAGCAGCAGACGGUCUCUGCACACAACACCUAAUGACCGUCACUCUGUCCAGCGAUGGGCGUCUAGUCGACGAUGAGCUUGCCUUUCGCUUCCUUGAAAAAUUUCGCAACAAUUUGGAGAAGCCUCAGCGUAUGGCUCUUGCUUAGACAAGCAGGCAGUAGAGCAGAGAGGUAGAAGAAGGACUGAAACCAUACGAUUUGAAUCCUUUGUCACUUAGUAUGUGUGUGUAUGUAUAUAUAUAUAUAUAUAUAUAUAUAUAUAUAUAUAUAUAUAUAUAUAUAUAUAUAUAUAUAUAUAUAAAAUAAGAUUCUGCAGGUAAAGUGAACCAUGUUACCCAAGUCCUGUCUUUUCAUUAUAUUUGUUAUUAAUGGCAAACAAGAUGUUUUGGUACAUUUGAACUUAUUCUUGUAUUUAAAGAUUUCACUAAUGGGUCAAUGUAAAAAAUGAUGGCACUUUAAUUUAUUAUUCUCAUAAAUUGGCUCUUCAUUUUCUUUCAAACAUGCAUACUUUUUUACAUUAUUUCUGAAACCUUAGCGGCAAUACGGUGAAAUCUCGAAUCCCCAAGUUGCACAUUUUUAAGCUCAGCUCUUUCCAUAUUCCUUCAGCCGCCAUUCUAUAAUACAUGCAGUUAAAAAAGACAUGGUUGCUGACUCUACAUAUCUUGUUGGGGAAACCUGCUUACCACAUAUUUCAUGGUGCUGUAUGACUGAGAGGAAAGGGAUUCAGACAUCCGCUGAGAAUUAGCAACAACUAACACUUUAAAUAAGAAAAUAAAUGGGAGCUUUGUGGCGUCAUACCCCAAACAGUAACACAAAAUAAAAUCUACUGAAGCAA